UGCUCGACGAGAAGACGAAUGCGGCUUGGCAUUAGACGAAGAUUCAGAAGAUGAUUCCGACUAUACACCCGAUCAAACCAAUUCUGAUAGUGAACCCGACGAUGUUGCGGAAUCUGACGAAGAAUCCUACCAAGACGACAUUGGGACACCCGAUGCCCCUGCACAUAAACGAAAGCGGGGUACCGAUGACCCUACCGUAAAGCGUCCAAAAAUUUUCAACGAUGAGAAAGUCGCGAUAAUGGACAGCAGCGAACAAAAGGCCAAAAUUGAUGCUAUCUGGGCAGAAAUGAAUGUACCAAAGACAUUGGCUGCCAAAGAACCCAUUAAAACCAAUAUUCUCACAAAUACAAAUGCCAAUAAUACCAACUCCAAUACCAUUACCAACAGCACAACAAAAGGCAUUUCCGAUCCUCCUUCCAUUCUUGAUGCACCUACACUAAAAAGCUUACCUUUGGGAAGAAAAAAGAAGUCUGGUUUGGUACGACCAAAAUCAAAGCUGUCUGACCUUGUUACACAAUAUAAUGUCAAAGUACCCAAGAUGAACACAUUGGAAAAAAGUCGGCUGGACUGGCAAGGUUAUGUGGACAGAGAGGGUAUUAGGGCUGAUCUAAAAUACCAGAACAAAGACGGGUAUAUGGAAAAGGUGGCGUUCUUACAACGUGUCGAGGACAGACGAUUUACUCAUCUCAAGACUGGACAACGCGAGUCCAAAAACAACAAAUAACCAACAAAAACCUAAAGUUCCUUCUUCUCCUUAUCCCUCUUGUCCUGUACAGCUUUCUUUCUUUAUUUCAUUCAUUUUAUUCUUCUUCUUCUAUAUUUCUGUCUAUCUAUCUAUAUAUCUAUUUAUCAUCACUGUCUUACCUUCCCUCAACCUCCCUUUUCAUGUUUAAACUACCAUAAUCUGUCAACCAAAAAUCAAAAAUCUAUUUAUCUAUCUAUAUAUCAUAUCAACCAAAAUUCAAUCAAUCACCCCAAAAAAUAAAAAUCCUGCUUAUUAUACACUCCGACAAU